UUGCUGGGCGGUGCGGGUGACAUUGGGCUCGGCCAUGGUGGUGGCGGCGCUGGGCCGGGCGGCGGGGCGGCUGCUGCGGGCCGGGGCCGCCGUGCCCGGGCGGCGUUGCGCGAGCGGCGGGGUGCACAUCCCGCCGCGGUACCGGCAGUUCCCGGAGCUGACGCGGGCGCAGGUGAUUCGAGGCGAGGUGCUCAGCGGCUUCAUGUGGUUCUGGAUCCUCUGGCAGUUCUGGCACAACUCGGACAUGGUGCUGGGACACUUCCCGUAUCCCGACGCUUCGGCCUGGACGGACGAGGAGCUCGGCAUUCCUCCGGACGAUGAGGAAUAGCAGCACACCGUUAUACCCCUCCCUAAAGUAACUUUUUCACUCCUUGAACACCUGAGUUCCAUCCCUCCAACUUCACGGAGAGGAAUCAUGAAUGACACAAUAAACAAUCUCCUUCAGACUUUU